CUGCUUCCCUGAAGGGGAGACAGGCGCGGCAGCAGCAGCGGCUCCAGUUCUCCCCACACUCGGCCACCACCGGCAGGGCCUGGCAGGCCUCUGAGCUGAUUAUGGAAGAGGAGCACAAGAGUGGCAGUAACAGCUCCGUGACCCUUCACAAACAGCAGCCGUACAAGAUGUCUCUGAGAGGUCCUGCUCCUCUGACAGUUGUUCAGCUUCCUGGAGAGCAAGUCCAGGUCCAGGGAGUCAUUCAGACAGCCCACUCCUCCUCUGUAAUCCACUCACCCCAGGUGCAAACAGUGCAGGUAUCUUCUUUGUCUGAGAGUGAAGAUUCUCAGGAUUCAUCAGAUAGCAUAGGCUCUUCACAGAAAGCUCAGGGUAUCUUAGCAUGUCGUCCAUCUUACCCAAAAAUUUUGAAAGAUCUUUCUUCUGAAGAUAGGAUAGAACGGGAUAGAAAAGGAGAUGAGGAAAGUCCCGGUGUCUCUGCUGUUACGUCUAUGUCUGUUCCCCCACCUAUCUACCAGACGAGCACUGGACAGUACAUUGCCAUUGCUGCAAAUGGAUUACAGCUGGCCAGCCCCGGUACAGAUGGUGUGCAAGGUCUGCAGACAUUAACAACGACAAAUACUGGUGGUAGUCAGCCUGGGACAACGAUACUGCAGUAUGCACAAACAUCAGAUGGUCAACAGAUACUUGUACCCAGCAGCCAGGUGGUAGUGCAGACUGCAUCGGGAGACAUGCAGACGUACCAGAUCCGCACCACACCAACGACCACGUCCCUUCCUCAGACUGUGGUUAUGACAUCUCCUGUCACUCUGAUGUCACAGACAAGUAAGACAGACGAUCCACAGUUGAAACGAGAAAUAAGGCUGAUGAAGAACAGAGAAGCUGCUCGAGAAUGCCGUAGAAAGAAUAAAGAGUAUGUUAAAUGUCUGGAAAAUCGAGUUGCGGUCCUGGAAAACCAGAACAAGACUCUAACUGAAGAGCUAAGAACUUUGAAAGAUCUUUACUGUCAUAAAAGUGUGCAAGAAGAAGGUAAAACUUUUGUGGACUGUAAAUUUCAGAGGAUAAUUUUUUUUAUACACUGAUUUUUUUAAACUAGAUGAAAGGUCAAAAAUGAAACUUUUCUACCUAGAUUUCACAACUUAAAGACUAUAUAGAUUUUAUUUACAACAAGUUGGUGAUAAAGUACAAAAAGGAAAUAAGAAAACCUCACCAAAAUUCCUGCUGGCACAACUGGAAACUUUAUAAAGUCGAGAUUGCAUCUACAAUAAAAGGACAUUCACGUUUUACCAGGCA